AUGUCAAAAGAGAGAGUGAUAAUCAUGGAUGAUUUUAGACCACCUGUGGCCUCACUAGGAGGUAGGUCUCCAGUUAGAAUGCCCCUUAGAGGGAAAAAAUCUCAAAUGUCCACUAGCCCAAAGAGUCGCAAAAAUGUUGAAGACGGAACAUUACUUUAAGAUCCAAAUUGGGAUGAUAGACAUCAUGUGUGUCCAUCUCUAUUCAACACUCAAAAUCACACAUACUAUAAAUAAUAUUUUGAUAAAAGCUCAAGAGUAAAUCCAACAUUAGCCCUAAGACCACAAAGAAUGAUGGACCCAUAUGAUAUGAAUGAGGUCAAGGGAACAAGAAUGCCUGACUGGUCGAAGGUUGACAAAGAAAGAGAUAUGUACGGUGAGUUAGCUUGGAUCAAGAACUUCCAAGUGAAGUUGAGUAAAAAUAACAAUAGAAUGCACUAAACCUUCAAGGAGUACUUUGAUCAGCCGAGAAAUUAUCACGUUAUUUACAACAAUACAACACAAUAGGAUUUCUUUAGAGAAACUGCGCCACCUCAAUCAGUGGCAAAUCAAAGAAAAAGACUCAACUCUACAAAUCCAUUUAUGAGAUCUUUCCAAGCACCAUCAACUGCUGGCGGUGGUGGUGACAAAUCAAAUAAUAGCUUCGUUCAAACUUCAAGAAGCAAUGCAUUUGCCUAGACUGCUCCAUAUUCUACACCAUUCUACUUAAUUGAAGAUAAAUCUAAUAAAUACAAAAUUGAGGAUAAACUGAAGGAAACUCAAUGCGAAAAGAAUGCUAUUCCUUUCUUGAGGACUAAUGACGAUGACUAUUACAAAGUUAUCACAAAAGGAAAGAAAAACGCCUUCAGAUCUAAUAGUCUUAACUAAUCUGGAUACAGAUAAAUCAGUUCACCUCCUAGUGAAUAAUCUCCGGUCAAAUCUAAUAGAUUAGCAAGAGAUAGAGCGCUUAAUUUCAUUAAAAGACGAGAGAGCGCUUGGAACCAAUAUAUUAUCCCCAUAUCCCAGCUAAAUGAGCAGUUCCAUCUUAGUCAAAAGAUAACCUUUGAAAAAAUCUGA